GCAUCAUCGUCUCUCCAGCUUGCUCACCAAACAUCUCUGUAUUCAAACAAUCACAAAUGGCUUCCAAAAUGCGCGCUAUUCUUAUUAAAAAUGGUGCAGGAACUGCCGAUGAUCUGUACAUCGGUGAAUGCGACAAGCCUAUACCCAAGGAAGGAGAAGUGUUGGUGAAAGUCAAGGCUGCAGGCAUCAAUCGCAUGGACGUCAUCCAACGAGGAGGCGGUUAUCCUUUGCCACCCCAAGCUAGCAAGGACAUCCUUGGCGUUGAAUUCGCUGGCAUUGUUGAAGAACUUGGCGGCCAGGUAACUGCCUACAAAGUUGGCGAUGAGAUAUUCGGUCUGCUAUACGGAGGUGCCUACGCCGAGUAUGUUACCGUUGCGUGCAACACACUCAUGCAUAAGCCGUCAAGCCUGAGCUUCGUUGAAGCAGCGGGUGUGCCAGAGGCAUGGUUUACCGCAUUCCAGGCACUUGUUCUUGUCGGCGGCCUCACAAAGGGAGAAUCGGUACUUAUCCAUGCUGGCGCAUCCGGUGUUGGUAUCGCUGCCAAUCAGAUCGCUCGUUUCCUGGGGGCAAAAGAAGUUUUCACAACAGCUGGAGACGACAACAAUAUCAAGUUCCUCCUGUCUAUGAAGGAAGCCCCAACUUGCGGCAUUAACUAUAAGAAGCAAGACUUUGCCGAAGUGAUUGACAAAGAGACGAAUGGGGAAGGCGUGGAUCUGAUCAUCGACUUCGUUGGCAAGGACUACUUUGCAAGGAACAUAAAGGUACUGAAAAGGGAUGGUCGACUAGUACUGCUUGCUAUGCUUAGUGGUAGCACUGUUCCUCAAGUAGACCUGGGUCCGGUCUUGUACAAACGUAUUCGCAUUCAAGGUACCACACUACGAUCUCGUUCUCCUGAGUACCAAGGGAACUUAGCAAGACGUUUCGAGGCGGAAUUGCUCCCUUUUCUGAAAGGGGACCAGCACGAAGAUGGCCCCAUGAAUGCGCAUAUAUAUGAAACAUAUCCUUGGGAGAAGGUAGCGGGUGCUCACAAGGAAAUGGAAGCGAACAGAAACCGUGGCAAGAUGGUCCUUCUCAUUGAGUAA